UAUUCAGACCAUUUGAUUACGUCAUUUGGAAAGUCAAAUAUUCUUAUCUCAACCUUUCUAAAUUGGCAUACAGAUCAGAUCGUGAAUUUAUAUCUCAGAAUGCAGGCAGCGAUGGUGAACGUGUUUCUUCUGCCACUUCUCCUGUUCAAAGUCGUGUUUUCUACCCAGCUUGUAGAUGGCCCAACACCGCUACAGGGUCGCGUAGAGGUAGAAUUAUUCGGACAAAUUCAGUCAAUCUGUUCAUUGGGAAUUGACUCUCGUGCUGCCAACGUUAUAUGCGCAUCGCUCGGAUACAGGGGAGCUACACAACUGUAUCGAGACUCCAAUUUCGGUUCAGGGCAAAGACUAAUUUACAAUCAUCAUAUCGCAUGUUUGGGGAACGAAACUUCAUUGGACAUGUGCCAACAUUCCAGUAUACAAACACUCGGGUGUGACUACAGCAAUGUUGUUGGCGUGGAAUGCCAGGGUGACACCAUAAAGAUAGAGCCGCUAUUUAACAGCCGACCUUACGAAGGAACGAUUAAAGGUAUCCACGGAGACAUCGAGUAUGACAUUCGUGGACAUAUAGAUACAGUCACUGCCCAAACGAUGUGUGCUAUGCUUGGAUAUGGUCGUGUGGGAUUCGCUGUCCGAGAGCCCUUUGGUCUCAGCGAUGCAUAUAACAAAGAAAGAAUCAUGUGUCAAGGGUGGGAGACAUCAAUCAGUGAAUGCAGAGGUGCAACGCCGCUUCGGAACUGCUCUCACGUGUAUCAUCGGCACAUGAUCUCUGCUGGCCCCAUGGGUCCAUCCCUAUGUGAGAGACCAGAUUUAGAUAAGCAAGCGCUAUUUUGCUCAGACUACACACUCCAAGGCUUGAGAAUUGGUCCAGAUGGUAUCCUCUUGAUGAAGAUAAACGGUCGACACUGGGCGGUCUGUGUGUAUUACACACUCACCACAGUGACAGCGAAUGCAGCUUGCAAAAUCAUGGGAUAUGAUGGAGGAGAGUUCUUACCACCUGGUAAAUCUGGUCCCAACGAUGUUGAAAUAAUAGGAUCGCUCAUAUGCGACGACUACGCAGAAAGUCUGCACGAUUGCCACAUGAGAUCCCCGUUCAAUGAAAACCUCCGACCGUACAACAACGUAUCCGCGAUAUGCGAGGGGUGGUAUGUAAGAAUCAAGUGCCACAACGGCACGGAUAUGGUUCGGGGCCCUCAGUUACUUGGAUAACUUACCUGAAAGAAAACGGACAUAAACAAAAAUAUACAAUAUUAAAAUCCAGUCUCAAACAUUUUUGUCUGAACAAAAAAAUGGUAAAUGGUCCCAUAUGAAUGUGUUUGUUCUAUUCGGUUGCUUUAAAGUUGCAUAAUGUUAGUAUUGUUGCUAGAUUGAAAGAAAAAAAAACAGCCAAAAGGUCAUUCAAUUAAUGUUAAAAGAAAUGAAAGGUUUAUACUUCAGCAAUGUUUGUCCCAUGUUGGCAACUUUUUAUCCUACAGUCGUCGAGACAUAAUAUUCUUGACAAAUAAAUAUCAUUGUAACACU